CCGACGAGUCAUACGAUAGUUUACCUCCUCCAUCCGAACUUGUCAGUCCACGAAAAUGGCCGCAGAUGCGCUCUCGAGAGUGCUGGCGAGGUUGCAAAAUUUGCCUUCCAUGUCUUUGCCGACCGAUUAUCCUAGGCCAAUCGGGACCAACAAAGUAAUCGAGGCAGUUCACAUUGCAAAUCUCUCCGAACCAACAUCACUAGCUCUCCUGAAGCUCGCACUACACACAGAGGAUGCCGGUGAUGAGGAUGAGGAAUCUCCCAGCUCAGAAAACACGCCUUCGGCUUUCUACCUUCUUCUCGCGGCUUUCACUGUAUUAUUACACCGAUACACUGGAGACACUGACAUCGUUAUCGGUUCAUCAUCUGCCGGGGCCAGUGCGCCUUUGAUUUUGCGUUUGGCUGUCGACCCUGCAGACACCUUCUGGACAAUCGUUCGUCGUGUCCAACAUGUCGAGAAAGAGGCAGAUGCAGACGCUUUGCCCUAUGAAACCAUUGAUCAAGACGACCAAAUUCACCCAAUCUUCCGCGUUCGCUUCUUCGACGAGACGGAUAGGCCGCGCGAAAAUUUUAUCAGGUCGACUAGCUUGACCUCAGAUCUUACUAUUUUUGUAACGCGACCCCCAGCGACAACACGCUCUUCGCUUGCUCCGCACAUAUCCCUCCGCAUUUUGGUCGCUGCAAACCCAAAUGCUUUGAUCGGAUCUGUGCCUCUCUUGACUCCCAGCCAGCGGGAGCGGCUUCCAAAUCCUACCGCAGACGUACAUUGGUGUGAUUGGAAGGGUGCCAUCACAGACGUCUUCUCCCAAAAUGCCAAGCGUUACCCGGAUAGAACCUGUGUCGUCCAGAGUAUUCCUGUUACUACUGUUGAUGUUCCUCAGGAAACUCGCGUUUAUACCUAUGGCGACAUCAGGCACGCAUCUAAUAUUCUCGCACACCAUCUUUUGCAAGGAGGCGUUCAGAGGGAAGAAGUUGUCAUGAUCUACGCGCAUCGUAGUGUCGAGCUUGUUGUUGCCGUCAUGGCAGUUCUCAAAAUUGGGGCAACCUUCUCGGUGAUUGAUCCGGCAUACCCACCGUCCCGGCAGGUAAUUUACCUCGAAGUCGCUCAACCUCGUGGCCUAGUAGUUCUGGCUGGCGCGGGUAAAAUUGGACCUACCGUUAGAGAAUUCCUUUCUGAUAACCUCAAAAUUCGCGUCGAAGUCCCUGCGCUCGCGUUCUCACCUUCAGGCGACGUCCUUGGUGGGCUUGUCGACGGUGUCGACGUGUUCAAGUCACGUUACCAUCUUGCUGAAACAGAUCCAAAUGUCAUCAUCGGACCAGAUAGUGUUGGGACAUUGUCGUUCACUAGCGGCAGCACUGGCAUUCCGAAGGGCGUAAGGGGGCGACAUUACAGCCUUACUCACUUCUUCCCUUGGAUGGGGGAGAGGUUUUCGCUAAGUGAAGAAUCCAAGUUCACAAUGCUGAGCGGCAUUGCGCAUGAUCCAAUACAACGAGACAUUUUCACUCCACUUUUCUUCGGCGCUAGACUAUACGUUCCCACAGCUGAGGACAUUGGUACUCCUGGCCGGCUUGCAGAGUGGAUGGAUGAUAAUAAGGUUACUGUUACCCACCUCACACCCGCUAUGGGUCAGCUCCUUUCCGCCCAAGCAACUCGCCACAUUCCAUCACUCAGCAACGCAUUUUUCGUCGGUGACGUGCUGACGAAGCGUGAUUGCCUUCGCCUGCAAUCUUUGGCUCCUAACGUUCAUAUCAUCAACAUGUAUGGAACUACGGAGACUCAGCGCGCAGUUUCUUACUUUGAGAUACCCGCUGUAUCCGCGGAUCCUACUUUCCUGGCUACUCAAAAGGACAUCUUGCCUGCUGGUGAAGGCAUGAUUGAUGUUCAGCUUCUUGUAGUUCCAUGCGCUGUUGGUGAGGUCGGUGAGAUAUACGUCCGGGUUACCUUAGACUCUGUUGCCUCUGCGGAGAAAUUUGUCACCAACUGGUUUGCGUCCUCAACAUCGUGGAGGGACACAGUACUCCAUCCGAUCCAAGGACUUGCUGGACCGGAAUCACGUUACUGGAAAGGCAUUCGGGACCGGAUGUACCGUUCAGGUGAUCUCGGGCGCUACCUCCCGGACGGCCGGGUAGAAUGUACUGGGCGGGCGGAUGACCAGGUCAAGAUUCGGGGCUUCCGAAUCGAACUUGGGGAAAUCGAUACGUUAAUGAGCCAACAUCCGUUGGUCCGCGAGAACGUUACACUCGUACGCAGGGACAAGGAUGAAGAGAAGAUUCUGGUCAGCUACUUCGUGCCUGUGGAUGGCCCUUCAUUGAACGGCUUCACGAGUGAGAUCAGCGAUGCCGAGGAACCAGACGGUGUCAAGAGUAUUCCGAAGUAUAAGCGGCUUAUCUGGGAUAUUAGGGAGCACCUUAAGAAGAAACUUCCGUCUUAUAGCAUUCCAUCACUAUUCGUACCACUGCAUCGUAUGCCCCUCAACCCCAAUGGCAAAAUAGACAAACCAGCACUUCCCUUCCCAGAUACUGCUCACGCACACGCAUCCGUUACUGGAAGGAAGUCAGCUGCAGGCGGCAAAGUUCGCACUGCGAGUCCUACUGAACAGAAACUAUGCUCAAUCUGGUCGAACAUCCUCCCAAACCCUCCACACUCUAUUCCUCUGGAUGAGAGUUUCUUUGAUUUGGGUGGUCACUCGAUCUUGGCAACACGCCUCAUCUUUGAAAUAAGGAAGCAGUUCGUAGUUGAGGCGCCGUUGGGUCUCGUAUUCGCACAGCCCACCAUUAGCGGUCUGGCAUGCGCUGUCGACGCAUUACGGGAACCCGACUUUGGUAUCGCUCGGCAGGAACCAACGACGCCACCUGAAACGUCAGGUGGACAGCGCCUACCGAAAAUUUUGCCGACAGCCACCGUUGAGUAUGGGAAGGACCUCGAAGUCCUUUUGCCUCGCCUUCGGCCGUCGUAUUUUCCCCUGUCUCCUGACUUUACUACACGUACAUUGACCGUUUUUCUUACUGGUGCUACGGGAUAUCUGGGCGCAUUCGUCCUUCGCGAUCUCCUCCAACGUGAAGAGAGAGUUCAGAAGGUCCUAUGUCUCGUCCGCGGAGCAUCGAUGGAAAAGGCGCUCGACCGCUUGAGAGAAAGCUCCAGUGACAGGGGUGUAUGGAACGAGACAUGGGUGACUUCUGGAAAGUUGGAGGUUGUUAUAGGUGACCUCGGGCAGGACCAAUUCGGCAUGGAUAGUGAGACGUGGUCUCGUGUCGCUGCUGGCGCGGAUGUCGUGCUACAUAACGGAGCAUUGGUGCACUGGGUAUACCCUUACGAGAAGCUCCGGGCGCCAAAUGUGCUUAGUACGUUGACGGCGGUGGAACUGGCUUCGACAACAAAACAAAAACUGCUGGUUUUCAUCUCGUCCACGUCAGCAAUUGACACCGAACACUACAUCCGGCUGUCGGAGUCACUUGUAAAUAAAGGUGGAACCGGAGGGAUCCCAGAGGACGACAAUUUAGAAGGGGCGAGGACAGGUCUCAAAACUGGGUACGGACAGAGCAAAUGGGUGUCUGAGAAGCUGCUAUUCGAAGCCGGGAAGAGAGGCUUGCGAGGGCACAUCAUACGUCCGGGAUAUGUCGUAGGUGACUCCAAGACAGCAGUAACGAAUACGGAUGACUUCUUGUGGCGUCUGGUCAAGGGAUGUAUCCAGCUUGGCCUUGUUCCUGAUAUUAACAAUACAGUGAACAUGGUGCCGGUCGACCACGUGUCACGUUGCGUCACUCUGGCCGCGGUUACACCUCUUCCUGACGCCGCUCUCUCCGUCCUUCAUAUCAUUGCGAAACCCUUGCCAACAUUCAACAAUAUAUUGUCGUCGCUGGCAGAAUACGGUUUCGCCACGCAGCAGUGCGAGUACCUGCUAUGGCGCCGCGAGCUCGAAAAGCACGUGUUGGAAGUUCAAGAUAAUGCACUGUUCCCCCUGCUUCACUUCGUCCUUGAUGACCUUCCGACAAGUACAAAAGCGCCAGAACUGGACGAUUCGAAUACCUCUGCACUAUUACUUCCUCACCCUUGUGAAACAGCGCCCACGGUGUCGGACGAGUUGAUGGGUCUCUACUUGGCGUGGCUAGUGAGUGCGGGAUUUUUACCUGCCCCUUCACAGGAGCAAAGAAGGAAGGAGCUCCCCAUUCUGGCGAGCAACUCCGUUGUGAAAGCAGCAGGACGUAGCGGGAUCUAGUACAGACGGCUAUCCGGAAGUUGGAAUGAUGGGAAAGGCUCCCGGAUAUUAUGUUUCUAUGCUUUUACUGUGAUUGUAUGAUUUUGUUUGACCUAUCUAGACGGUUAUGCCAGCACACCAAUGUGCACGCCGAGAAAGCCACAUGUUUCGUCAGGG